AUCGUGAUCGGGAUCGUGUAUAGGUGAGAGGCCUCACCGUCGACACGAUGUCCCGUUAGGGGACCUAGAAGGCCCAGAACGGGCUACAGCCAAUCGUAUCAACCUGGUUCCGAACACACCGGAACUGAUCCUCGUCAGACGAGGAUCGCUCGAUCGGUCGAUCGGUCAACCGGAAACACUGCCAGUCCCUUUGCCCCGAGGAUUUUGCAAAGGAUCGAGCCAUGGGCCGCACAGGAUACACGUGCAUCAGACACGUCUUCUGUUCCCUCAACGUUCUCAUAUGGUUAUGCGCUUGCGGAAUUUUGGGUGCAGGUCUCUGGCUCCGAUUGGCUUACUCGGGAUACACAACCUUGGUACCGCAUUACAGUUUCGCGUCAGCUGACUCGUUGCUGUUGGCCGCUGGUUGUCUAACCUUCGUGAUCGCCUUCUUCGGAUGUUGCGGUGCUUGGUUUCAGUCAAGAUGUAUGCUGAUCACGUACUUCGGAUUGGUGAUAUUGAUGUUCCUGGCUGAAUUCAUGUUGGGGACUCUGGCUUUCAUCUUCAGAGAACAUUUAGCCAGAAGUCUGAAAGCCGAGCUGCUCUUCGGUAUCGAGAAGCAUUACAAUCUGACCAGGGAACCUGGAACGCUUCCCGCUAUAUGGGACCACAUACACACGGAGUUCCACUGUUGCGGUGUGCGGGAUUACACCGACUGGUUCCAGAUCGACGCAUGGCCGACGGAGGAUCGCGUCCCAGAUUCCUGUUGCGUGCAAAGAGAACGAUACUGCGGUCGCCUCGAUCCGGAGGGUCGCAACAAAGAGCUCUGGUACAAGGAAGGUUGCGCAUACGCCAUUCAAAUGUGGCUGGUGACCAGACUCCACGUGGUGGGCACGGUCGGCCUUGUCGUCGCUUUCCUUCAGCUGUUUGGACAGGUGGCAAGCAUGAUCUUGUUUUGCACCGUCAGGCACAAGAGGUCCUCCCACACGUACAAGAGCUACGACACCACGAACACCUAGAAUUUCAGAUGGAUCUUGGACGAAACGAGUGUCUAAGGUCCAUGGGAAAAGCGAUACUCGCAACGAUCACGGUCUUCUUCGCCGCGAUAUGAAGAAGAUUUCGAUCGUUCCGACACUCCGAAUCCCUCUAAAAAGUUUCUUCGUUGCCUCUGAUAAAGAUACUUUGUUGUUUCGAACCGGAUCACUGUUUCCGUUCGAGAUUCUCGAGUAGGCUCGAUAUCGACGCGAUCAUCGUUGCUAUUCGUGACACUGGAGAAACGGCAGAUCGUUAAAUUCACGACUUAUCGACGAACCAGAAAGUGUAAGUGGAACGAAAUGAUCGACGAGCACACAGUUCAAGCGAUCCGAAAACGUCGAGUGAUCGGUCUAACGAGCCGCGUUAGUUUUGACGAAUGAGUGUUCAAAAGUGAGCACGUCGAUGUUUCGAAGAAUCGCACAGACUUGGAAUCACAGCUGUAACGACGUCUCGAUGAACGUGCUUAUUGUCCAGAAAUGAAGCGGAAGUGACUGGCGUCACAGAAACAAUCUCGAUGAUCAAAGCCAUUAGAUUAGUAAUAUUUCAGACAAUUUUAGUGUGUCGAUUAUAUUAUAAAAAUUAAUAAAACGAAUAGUUUUUCAUCCUUUGGUUUGGAUUUCGUUGGAAUAUUAUCCAAGCUAUGUUAGAGGUAUUUAACGAUACACGAGAAAUUAAUCGAACGGUCAUUUUUCACGAAAGAAUAAUUUCAUUAAUUUUUCGUACGUAUCAUUGCGUAUCAUGUAGAAAAACUAAUAUUCAAACACGAUCCAACCCUACGGAUCGAAAACAUUUCGUUUUAUUUUCUUGCAUGGACUAACUAAUAAACACGAGAGUACAUCGAUUCGAGAUAAUUGUUUCGUAUUAUAGGGUACGAACUUUUAUGUUAUCCUGCAUGCGAGUUUGUUUAUUUACAGCGUAAACGUUAUCGCACACUGCGUAUACCAAAAUUGCUUUUUCUACAACCAGGUUUUCGGCGAUCGUUUCACGUGCAACUUGUCCAUUAAUUUCUGCUUUGUCACGCGAUUAACGCGCCUGGUUGCGCAAACGCAAGCACAAGUAUUUUUACUCGUUACCGUUUAAGCUCGAAUCGACGCUCCCGGGGUAAUAGGGAACCGUAAUCGUCGACAUUUCUUUCGUUUAGCUUUAAAUCCCUAGGAGCAUCGUUCGAAUGUUUUCAUCGUAUAUUUAUUUUAUUAUACACACGGUCGUAUAGUUGGUAAUCUAGCUGCACAUACCUGACACCUACUAAUUAUUCGAAGAAGCGUGAUUUCGAACGCAGUUCGAUGGAGCUGUGUAACUCAAACUUCGCAUCUCCCUUAAUAUAAAUAUAACAGGAAACAGAUGUAAUAUAAUUGUUUUCUUUCGAGAGUUAACGGAUUUCUAUUUGCGACAGAGGAUGCGAACGGUGAAAGCAAAUUGUAUGGUUACGUCGCGACUCAUCGAAAACCUACGAAAAAUUGUCAAAGUUCCAUUUAUAAGUGAGUUAAAGCUUGUACGUGUAUUAUUCGAAUAAUAAAUAAUAUAUUUAUGCGAUAA